CAUCACUAUCGUGUCACUUGGAGGGCUGCGAUGGAUGGAUAUGCUACUCAGGACAGGCGUGCGUCUCUGGCCUCUCCAACACACCAAACGGUGUGCGUGUGACGCAAAGAAGUCUACUUAAAGCGGGAUUAGCGCUGAGCGGCACACUGCGCUCCACACUGCGCUCAGUCACACACAACCCGCCGAAGCAGCCGCUCGGAGGGUUCUCAACCAAUCAGCGCCUGGAGAAAGGAGAGGACAGGAGCGCUCAGGCUGGCCACAGAGCUGCACAGCGGGACACACACACACACACACACACACACAUCCAUGCAUUCACUGGAUAUAGUCGGAGCUCUCGGACACAUAGAAGGGGAAUAACAAGAUCCUCCUCUUUUUCUGCACUAUUUGCGCCUGAUUUUGAGCUUCUCCGAAUGUACAAUCAUGGGGGAGUGGACCAUAUUAGAGCGUCUCUUGGAGGCAGCUGUCCAGCAGCACUCUACUAUGAUCGGAAGGAUCCUACUGACCGUGGUGGUGAUCUUCCGUAUUCUGAUUGUGGCGAUAGUUGGAGAGACUGUGUACAACGACGAGCAGUCCAUGUUCGUAUGUAACACCUUACAGCCGGGCUGCAACCAGGCCUGCUACGACAAGGCUUUCCCCAUCUCCCACAUCAGGUACUGGGUGUUCCAGAUCAUCAUGGUGUGCUGCCCCAGCCUCUGCUUCAUCACUUACUCUGUGCACCAGUCUGCCAAGCAGAGGGAGCAGCGCUACUCCACAGUAUACCUCUCCCUGGAUAAAGACCAGGACUCCAUGAAAAGAGACGACAGCAAGAAGAUCAAGAACACCAGUGUGAACGGAGUGCUGCAGAACACAGAAAACUCCAACAAGGAGGCAGAGCCUGACUGCCUGGAGGUCAAGGACAUCCCCAACUCAGCCCUGCGAACUACAAAGUCAAAAAUGAGAAGGCAGGAGGGCAUCUCCAGGUUCUACAUCAUCCAGGUGGUGUUCAGAAACGCACUAGAGAUAGGGUUUCUGGUGGGUCAAUACUUCCUGUAUGGAUUCAACGUCCCUGCGGUGUACGAGUGUGAUCGAUACCCUUGUAUAAAAGAUGUAGAGUGCUAUGUUUCCAGGCCGACAGAGAAAACAGUGUUUCUGGUCUUCAUGUUUGCCGUCAGUGGCAUUUGCGUGGUCCUGAACUUGGCAGAGCUCAACCACCUAGGCUGGAGGAAGAUCAAAACUGCUGUGAGAGGAGUGCAGGCCAGGAGGAAGUCCAUUUAUGAGAUCCGGAACAAAGACUUGCCCAGGAUGAGUAUGCCCAACUUUGGACGCACUCAGUCCAGUGACUCUGCAUAUGUGUAACUGUCUGUUUUACAUACAUGAGGAGGCUGAAGGACAGCUGUGUUACUAGUUAUCAAGAUCAGUGUAACAAUUCAUUUAUUGGUAUUUAGUCUUCAAAUGAAACAAGUAAAACUGAGAUGAGGGGAUUUUCAGUGAAAGUCAACAUGCUGGAGAGAUAUUCUUUUCUAGAAAAACAAAGCAAACUGCAUUAGAAACAAGUGUAGUUCUAUACCCCCUUUACAGAAUGUUUUCCAAGAUAUCAGACAUUUUAUUGAUGGUGAAGAGAGCCUAUGUCUCAAACUGAUUCCUUAAAGGUCCAGUGUGGAACAUUUAGGAGGAGCUGUCGGCAGAAAUGGAAUAUAAUAUUUAUAAGUAUGUUUUCAUCAGUGUAUAAUCACCUGAAAAUAAGAAUUGCUGUGUUUUUGUUACCUUAGAAUAAGUCCUUUAUAUCUACAGAGGCAGCGGGUCCCCUUGCACAGAGGCCGCCAUAUUGCACCGCCAUGUUUCUACAGUAGCCCAGAACGGACAAACCAACCACUGGAUCUAGAUAGGGCUUUUUGCGUUUUUUUACGAGUUUCCCGGCCACCGUAGUUUCUCCUCCACGCUUGGAAGGGGAGGGUGAGGCGAGCGGGAUUCAAAUGGUUGCAAACUGCAGUUUCACCACUAGAUACCACUAAAUCCUACACACUGCUCCUUUAAGAAUGGAAAUACAUUUUCCACAAGAUCAACCAUUUAUUUGGCUGAAAUCAUGUUGAAAUCAGAUGGACCACACAUUUUUUUGUCUUAUUAAUGUGGAGAAGGCACUGAUGUUGUAUUAGUGUUUUCAUGUAAAGUGCUUCUUAAAAGCAUAAACUGAUACACUACAUGGUCAAAUGUAUGUGGACACCCCAACAUUCCAGCCAUAUGUGAUAGUUGAACAAGUGAUUGCAACACCAUGGGUGCUGCUAUAAAGGUCUCCACUCUUCUGGUUUGAAAUAUGGCUGCAUUAAACCACCAGAGCAUUAGUGAGGUCCAGCACUGAUGGUGUUAAGGUCUGGCUUGCAGUCAGCGUUCCAGUGGGCCAUCCCAAAGGUGUUAGAUGGGACUGAGGUCAGGCCAGUCAAGUUCUUCGCAGCAACCUGAGAAAAAAAACGGAGCUGGCUUUGUGCACUGGGGCAUUGUCAUGUUGAAACACAAACACAAACUCUUGACACAAAGCUGGAAGCACACUGUUAAUAUCAUUGUAUGCUGGAGCAUUAAAAUUUCCCUUAGUAGUGAUUUAGUGUGCACUUUUAUAAAGUUUUCAUAAUAGAUGGAUCAAACAAAGAAGGUUAACAAAAUUAGUGCAGCAGAGGUAGAGGUAUCCUGACUUUUAGUCCCUAACAUGAAUCAAGCUCCAAAAAUGCUGGAUCGUACUAUUCCCUUGAUGCAACUCGAUAGUGUCUUUCUUUAUGCCAUAUUCACAUCAUAUGGGAUGGAUGGUAGCAAUGGCAGAGAUGUCCAUGUUUACGACUUGCGAGCAUUCUCGUCAUCAGACAAAUCAAGAUAGUUGUACGAUUACAGAGUUAGUUGUUUGAGGGUUAAAAAUACUGUGCAUUGACAAUCUGCAUACAAUUUUGGUUUUAUUACCAUGGAUUUUGGCUGAGGUGAGCCAUCUACAUUUGUUUUCCUUUUCAGGCACUUCAGGCACAGUUUAGCGGAGUUUCUCAGUCACAGUUACGACUUGUGUUGUUAAUGCACAUGCUAUUUACAAGUUGUAAAUUGGUAUUUGUCUGUCAAACUCCACACCAUUUGUAAUGCAGGCUUUCUGUUUGAAAUUUGAAGUUUCCUACCUCAGUCCCAGAGUUUGAGAAAAUAACUGCAAACCAUCCAGCUCCUCCAGAAAACAACUGUUUUCAGUGGCUGUGUAGAAAUCCUUGUGACAGGUAAACUAACAUUCAUGUGUAAAAUUGGUGGGGUGCUCUUUGAAUUGAAUUAUACAUACUUUUAGCCAUAUAGUGUAUCAGAUUUCAGUAGUUUUCUGAUGUCCGGAUGGACACUAAGUAUAUUCUUGCACUAAUAAGCCAAAUGAACAUACCUAUCCACUCUAAGCUGUGAUGGUGUUCAGUAACAUUCCAAUGGUUCCAAACAUCACUUUUACACACAGUCUGGCAGUUGAAAGGGCACGACUAUUCUUUGGACAUUACACAUUACUGACAGUAUAUCUCUCAUCUCAAAUAUCUAUCUCUUCGGAAUCUCAUUGUUUUGGAUGCCUGUGCUCGCAUCACUGACUUAAGCUAACCGAUCACUCCUUUGCUUUAGCUCUUGUAAGGUGGUGCCUGGAAACCUGCCACGAUUUUUUUUCCUGUUACACCCAAGCGCACAUUUCUUUCAUUUGUGAUGUUUCUUGUUUUCAUGUAAUCAAGUGCCAUAUGUGUGUGUGUGUGUGUGUGUGUGUGUGUGUAUACAUGUAUUAAAUUAUAGCGUAACCUUUAUAAAACAUGAAAUCCUACUUUGGAUUAUCAUGACAUCCUCUAUCAGGUGAAGCAUUGUUGCUGUGUGCUAUUGUCAUCCUUGAUUUCAAUUUACUGCACAGAAACCAAACAGCCAUUGCAUAUUCCAAGGUUAUUGAUGAGUUUAAUCUGGACUCACUUGAUUUUAAUCAAGUGAAGUAAAAAUUUGAAUUUCAUUUGGAAAACAGGCAGUGCAUUGCUGUUGCUACCAUUUUCAAGUGUAAUCUAAAGUGCGCCACUGUUAAACAAAUAUGAAAGCAUCUGUAAUAAAAAUGGAAGCCAUACGAAUAA